AUAAAUACAACCUGACUCAGUCACUGUGACCAAUACUCGUCUUCAGACAUGUGGUGGAUAGUGUUCUUUGGGGCCCUUAUUGGGCCAGGCAUCUGCAGCCGAGAAAAAUUUUUUGGGGACCAAGUGUUUAGGAUUAAUGUCAGAAAUGGAGAGGAGAUCAGCAAACUGAUUCAGCUAGUGAAUUCGGAUGACUUCAAGCUCAAUGUCUGGAAAUCUCCUUCCACUUUUGGUCGGCCUGUGGAUGUCCUGGUUCCGUCUGUCAGUCUGCUGCCAGUCAAAUCCUUCCUGAAGUCCCAGGGCUUGGAGUACUCAGUGACAAUUGAAGACCUGCAGGCCCUUUUAGAUAAUGAAGAUGAAGAAAUGCGACACAAUGAAGGGCAAGAACGGAGUGGUAGUAACUUCAACUAUGGAGCUUAUCACUCUCUCGAUGCUAUUUACCAUGAGAUGGACAGCAUUGCUACAGAUUUUCCAGACCUGGCAAGAAGAGUGAAGAUUGGACAGACAUUUGAAAAGAGACCGAUGUAUGUCCUGAAGUUCAGCACGGGAGGAGACAAGCAGCGGCCAGCCAUUUGGCUGAAUGCAGGCAUCCAUUCCCGAGAGUGGAUCUCACAAGCUACUGCCAUCUGGACAGCGAGGAAGAUUGUAUCUGAUUACCAGAAGGAUCCAGUUAUCACCUCCAUCUUGGAGAAAGUAGAUAUUUUCUUGCUGCCUGUGGCCAAUCCUGAUGGAUAUGUGUAUACACACACCCAAAAUCGCUUUUGGAGGAAGACACGGUCUCUGAACCCUGGAAGCCGCUGCAUCGGUACUGACCCAAACCGAAACUGGAAUGCUAGCUUUGCAGGAACAGGAGCCAGUGACAACCCUUGUUCUGAAGUAUACCACGGCCCCCAUGCCAAUUCUGAAGUGGAGGUGAAAUCAGUGGUAGAUUUCAUUCAGAAGCAUGGGAAUUUCAAAUGCUUCAUCGACCUGCACAGCUACUCUCAGCUGCUGAUGUAUCCCUAUGGGUACUCUAUGAAGAAGGCCCCCGAUGCUGAGGAGCUGGAUGAUGUGGCCAGGCAAGCAGCUGAAGCCCUGGCUUCCCUGUCAGGCACCAAGUACCAAGUGGGCCCAACUUGUACCACCGUCUAUCCAGCUAGUGGGAGCAGCAUUGACUGGGCCUAUGACAACGGGAUCAAGUACUCAUUCACAUUUGAGUUAAGGGACACUGGGCACUAUGGUUUCCUUCUGCCAGCCAAUCAGAUCAUCCCCACUGCAGAGGAGACCUGGCUGGGGCUGAAGACCAUCAUGGAGCAUGUGCGGGACAACCUCUACUAGACCAGGGCCUCCACACAAAGUGAAGGUCAUGAGCUUGAUCGAACUCAAGUAUCUUAACAUAUUUUGAUUCUAGAAGGCCAAAAAGGAUUGUAGUUUGAGAUUAAAGUGAUCAAGUAAAUGAGUUCUUUUCUUCACAGGGGAGUCAGAGCCCUCUGCGUUGUAAAGCGCCCAGGUCAGUCCCCUUCCAGCCCCACUCCUGGUGGGGUGCCCAUGAAGAACAUGUCCACCAACAUUCUCAAUUUGGUCCCGUUGUUCAGCUGAACCUUUCCUUUCAUGUGGCUGGUUGGACAGGCCAUACUCAGGGUCAUCCUUCCCUGGCAGCAUGUUUCUACCUCACCUUUAGAAU